AUGACCAUGAAGUUUGCAAAGUUGGAGAAGUUCAAAGGCGUCGACUUCAGAUGCUGGGAGGAGAAGAUGCACUUCAUGCCGACUACUCUGAAAGCAGCAUACAUGUUGACUACUUACAGACCAGCGGAGGCUGAGGAAGGUGUUGUUGUGACAGUUGAAGAGAUAAGGUGGAGACAGAAGUGGGACAACGAUGACUACAUCUGCAAAGGUUACAUUCUGAACGAUAUGUCUGAUGCUCUAUUUGAUAUCUAUAGUGAAGCCUUGUGCGCCAAGGAGUUAUGGGACACCCUUGAAUUGAAAUACAUCACUGAGGACGCUUCUAGCAAGAAGUUUCUGGUCAGUGAUUUUAAUAAUUAUAAGAGGGACGAUUCAAGGUCUGUCACUGAACAAUACAAUGAACUCUUUGGCAUAUAUGGUCAGUUUAAACUACACCGUAUGAAUAUGGAUGAAUCCAUUGUUGUGCCAACCAUCAUUGACAAACUUCCUGCAUCUUGGAAAGACUUAAAACAUAACUUAAGACAUCAAAAGGAAGAACUAUAUUUGGUUCAACUUACUAGUCAUAUUCAUAUUGAAAAAUCUCUUCGUGCGAAGGAAAGUGACAAAUCUGAAAAACACAAAGGAAAAGUUAAAUCUGGAUAG